AUGUUUUCCCCAUUGAUCUAUCUAUUUGCAUUAGUAAUACUCGUAUACGGUGAUCAGACAUCUGAAAGUUCUAUUCAAUCAAUUAACAAUCCAGAUAUCGAAAUAAAAAAUUGUACAUUUGGAGAAUUAUGUAUCGGUGCUAUUAAUUCAAGCUCUGUACAUUUUUAUUCUAUCGAAUAUUCCUUUGAUCCUACUAUGGCUAUUCGUGUAAUAACGAAUAUGACAUAUAAAAUUGAACAAGAAUCUCCAUUAUUAAUUGUCGUCAGACAAAUUCGUGGUGUUAUUUCAUGGACAUUACCAUAUACAUUUUCUAACGGAAUGAUCUACUCAAGUGCGUCACGCAUUCUUUGUUUACAAAAUGAAAUUAAUCGUACACAUCCUCAUAUGAGUCGUGUUUUUAUUGAAAUAUCAACAUCAAAUGUAGAUUUAAUCGAUUAUUCAUUACAACUUGAAAAUAUAACUGAAUUUUUACUUGAAACCGGUGUUAGUCAACAAUUUUCAGUUUCACCAACAAUGCCUUUCUACUACAAAUUUACUUUUCCACCUGAUAUUGAACAUGUUUUUAUUGACGUUCGGUCUCCGGAUCAAUUAUGUACGAUUGUGUCCGUACAAUCAUUCGAUUGUCCUGUUUAUGAUAUCAGUGAAAUUGGCACACGACAAGGGCAUUAUCAAACUAUGGCAUCGAUCGCUUCAUUUAAUGUUUAUGCUAGUGAAUUUCCAAAACGGAAUACAUUUAUAUUAGUGUUUCUCGUACAACCAACAGAUGCUGAUUGUUUAAAUGAUCAAGAACAAACGCUUAUUCAACCAGCAGGUGUUAUUGAUGUUCAACGACAAAAGAAUGCUAUCGUAACAUUACAUCCACCAGCAAAUUAUAAUUUUCUGUAUAUUGCAAUAUUUACAACGAUUGGAUUAUUUCUUAUGAUUUAUUUCGUUGCAUUUACUAUUAUGUGUAAAAAUCCGGAUAUUUAUGAUCAAUUAGGACCUGAUCAAUUACCAUUAUUAGAAGACAUAAUUGAGCGUGAAAUUGCAGAACGACAAAGCCGUCAACGUGGUUAUCAAACAUUCGCAGAAGAAGAAAUUGUCGAAUCGACAGCUGAAAAUGGAAUUGAACAGUCAGGUGGUGCUAUUGCUGUCAUUGAUGCAUCAGAUGUUGGUUUUGUCACCGUGAGUGAUCUAUGUUUGAAGAAUUAUGAUUAUUCAAAACAAAAAUUUCGUAUAUAUCCUCAAACGAUGUUAACAGUAGCAAUAUUCUAUUCAUUACCCGUAAUUCAACUUGUCUUACAAUAUCAACUUACGAUUGAUCAAUCAGGAAAUGAAGAUAUAUGCUAUUUUAAUUUUCUAUGCAUACGACAAUUUGCUAUGUUAACCGCUUUUAAUAGUGUAUUUUCGAAUAUUGGCUAUUGUGCAUUAGGAUUAUUAUUUUUGAUUAUUGUUUAUCGAAGAGAUAUGGCUUAUGCUCGAUUUCUUUCAAAAUAUCCAGCUAUCGGAAGAGACUUCGGUAUUCCACAACAUUUUGGUCUAUUCUAUGCGAUGGGUAUCGGUUUGUUUAUGGAAGGCGUUAUGAGUGCAUGUUAUCAUAUUUGUCCAUCAAAACAAAAUUUUCAAUUCGAUACAAGUUUUAUGUUUAUUAUAGCUGUUUUGAAUAUAAUUAAAAUCUAUCAAACUAGGCAUCCAGAUAUCAAUCCACAUUCAGCUGGUUCAUUUUCAUUUUUAGCUGCGAUUAUUUUCAUUACAGUUAUAGGAGUUUAUUAUGAUGGGCAGUGGUUUUGGAUAUCAUAUGCUACUAUUCAUAUUUUGACUUGUUUAGCAUUCACUGGGAAAAUUUAUUAUAUGGGACGAUUAAAAGUUACUUUUCGUGUACAUAUUCAUUUAUACCGGCUUGUGAAAGAAAAUGGUAUAUUUUCUCGUCCACGUUAUUUAAAUCGUAUGAUGAUACUUAUUCCAACUAAUUGUUUAAAUAUAGCAUUUGCCCUUUAUGGUGCAAUUAUUCAACCGGAAUCAUUUCCAAAUCAUCUGCUAUUUGUAUUUCUUGGCAAUCUAGCUAUCUACUUAUUGUAUUAUAUAUUAAUGAAAAUUAUUCAUCGUGAAGUGUUUACACGAUUUUCAAUUCUAUUUCUUCUAUCGGCCACAUUAUCUUGGGCAUCAUCAUUAUAUUUUUUCUAUCAACAAGUUAAAAGCUAUGAAGUUCAACCAGCUAUAUCCCGUAUGCGCAAUCGUCCUUGUAUUAUAUUGAAUACAUAUGAUGUACAUGAUGUAUGGCAUAUCCUAUCAUCGUUUAGUUUGUUCUUUUCAUUUCUUACUUUAUUAACACUUGAUGAUGGAAUAAGAAAGAGAAAACGAAAAGAUUUGGCAGCAUUUUAA